GCAAAUAUUAUCCUCAACAAACAAACUCCAAACAUUUCUAACUUCUUCUAUGGCAAACUUUUAUUCCAUCAUUUCCUUAUUCCUUCUUGGCUUCCUUUUGCCAAACCUACAUUUAACAAGUGCACAAAUUGGAGUUUGCUAUGGACAGCUUGGGAACAACCUUCCAUCUCAAAGAGAAGUGGUGAAUCUCUUCAACCAAAGGAAUAUCAGAAGAAUGAGACUCUAUGAUCCAAAUAGAGCUUCCCUUGAUGCUCUUAGAGGCUCCAACAUCGAGCUCAUGCUGGGCCUUCCCAACUCCGACCUUCAAAGAAUCGCUUCGAGCCAGAGUGAAGCCAAUGCAUGGGUUCAAAACAAUGUUAAAAGCUUCGGCAACGUGAGAUUCAAGUACAUCGCCGUUGGUAACGAAGUCCAACCCUCUAGUUCUGCUGCCCAGUUCGUUGUCCCGGCGAUGCAAAAUAUUCAAACUGCACUUUCCAAUGGGGGCUUGGCUAAUCAGAUCAAAGUUUCCACUGCCAUUGACACUGGCCUUCUCGGUGUGUCAUUCCCUCCUUCUAGUGGCGCUUUCAACAACCAAGCGAUGCCACUACUUAACCCCAUCAUUAGGUUUCUAAAUGCCAAUCGGUCCCCAUUGCUUGUCAACUUGUACCCUUUCUUCAGCUACAUUAGCAACCCAAGGGACAUUCGUUUAGACUAUGCCCUCUUCACGGCGAAGUCAACAGUGGUCACCGAUGGCCAGCUUCGCUACCAGAAUUUGUUUGAUGCAAUAGUUGAUGCAAUUUACGCAGCGUUGGAGAAGGCCGGCGGGUCCAGUUUGGAGAUUGUGGUAUCAGAGAGUGGGUGGCCGUCGGCCGGGGGAACGGCUGCGUCAACCGAGAAUGCGAGGACUUACAAUAACAAUUUGAUUCAACAUGUUAAGAGAGGGACUCCUAGACGCCCUCAAAGGCCGAUUGAGACUUAUAUUUUUGCCAUGUUUGAUGAGAACCAAAAGAGUCCUGAGUUCGAGAAGCACUUUGGCCUCUUCUUUCCAAACAAACAGCCUAAAUAUGCAGUCAACUUCAACUGAUAGAGUUGGAAUCGAUAUUGAUAUAAGUAGAAAUAAAGUUUUCAAUAAACAACUAGAGAUUGUAAUGUUUGAAAUACUUCAUGCCAUCUUUUAAAUAAAAGCAACUAUUAAUAUACCAUCUUUGCUGUUUAA